AUGAGCUCGAGUGCCUCCUCUAUUGAUGUCACUAGCAAGGUCGGUGUAGUGAUCACGUCUGGCUCAUCGACUACGUCUUCCGCAGCUGCAUCCACGAGCAGCUCGGAGAGUAGUAGCACCAAAGGUAUCGUCAACAGCACAGGCACAGGAACGGGGUUCAAUGCAACCACAAGCGGAAAGUACAUGAACACAACAAUGUCGACCGGGCUACCCAGCCUCACAAGUAUAGAGCUGGUCGUCAACAAAACCAUGAUCGCCAACGUGACAAGCACGGGCCGCUUCGCCAACAGCACGACAUCUGCGCCAUUCCUCAACAUCACCAGCACGGCGAAAGUCACAAACGCAACCUCUGGCAUUCUCAACUCGACAUCCACGGCCAAGUGGCUCAACCAUACCAUCACGUCGGCGCCCUUCCUGAACACCACCAGCACAGCACGCUUCUGGAACUCCACCCGCUUCGCCAACUCGACCAGUACAGGCCGCUUCCUCAACACGACGCGCACCACGAGCUCAGCGACGCCAACAGCGACCAUAGAUAAGACUUGCGGCGAGACGGGCACGCCCUUCUCGGUGCGUGUCGGUCAGCCAGGAGGGUUCUUCGACGGAUGGUAUCUCAAGGUCAGUGGGGACGGCAUCCUCUUCACCUCGAGCGCCAACUACUCGAGUCAGUUCAGCGUGGAGGGCUCGGGUCAUCUAUGUGCGAUUGGCUACGUCGGCGAAUCUGGUAACGCUGCCGUGGCGGUGGUAGAGACACGCGGCGAUGGCAGCGCGGUCUACCUCAUUGACGGGCAGAUGGCGUUGGAUCUGGAGCCGGAGUACAAGUCGCUGAAUUGCUCGGUCGGGGAUGGCCUGGCCUGUGCGGAAGGGGCGAUGAAGAACUGGGUAGGCUGCGGGAUGCAGCUUGACUUAUCAAGUCAGGCUGGUGAUGGAGUCGUGGUUGAUACGUUCAACUGUACGUCGGUGACACUCACUGCUGAGUAUUCAUGA